AUGUAAUAUGGUAAAAUAGGAGAGGAUUUAUCGAGAUCUAAAAUUGAAAUACUUGAAGACUUUGCUAGAGAGUCUGUUGAAUCAUUAGAUAGUUUAUUACCACAAUUUCAUUGUCACGAUUUAUAAUAAUUGGAAGUAGAAAGGCGAGUGGUGGGUUAUUUAAAAUCAUUAGGUCUUAAAUUUAAGACUGAUCCUACAUCAAAAGAAUAAGAGUUUUAGUAUAAGUUUCAUUAAUUUAGUGAAUAACCAAAAUAGAGAAAUAUAAUUUUUUAACAGGUGAUAGGAGAAUCACCAAUGAUUAAUACUAUAUAAAUAAUAAAAUUUGGCAUGGAUCAAAGUAAUUCAAAAAGAGAUUCUGGAACUGUAUUAAGUCCAUUUUUACUAGGCAAGUAAAGGUCAUUUGAAAUUUGA